CAGCAUUUGAAGCAUGAUGUCACCUCCAAGCUUUGCUGUGUAUUUCACAUGCCUGUUCUUGGCAAAUAUGGCUCAUUUGACAGCUAUGAAAAAAUCAUCAUUACAUUUUGAAUCAGCUAUUGUUGGGGACAGUGUGACUUUGCAGUGCAUCUGUCAGGAAAAUGAGGCAGUGAUGUUUUACUGGUAUAAGCAAACUCUGGGCCAGAAGCCAAAGCUGAUGUCUACAUUCUAUAAACAUAACAACAACGGCACCUUUACCGGUGAAUUUAACGAUCCACGUUUCUCACUGUACACUGGAAACAAGGAAAAUAACUUGAGGAUAUCACAUUUGCACAUUUCAGACUCAGCUACUUACUACUGUGUACGUAGCAACUUAUAUGAGUUUGAAUUUUGUGACGGCACGACUGUCACUGUGCAAGAUUCAAGUUUGAACGUCCAAGCUUGGGUCCAUCAGUCAGGGUCUGAGACCAUCCAGCCAGGAGGCUCUGUGACUCUCAGCUGUACAGUUCACACUGGGACCUGUGAUGGAGAACACAGUGUUUACUGCUUCAAAGACUCUGAAGAAUCUCUUCCAGGACUCAUUUACACUCAUGGAGACAGGAAUGAUCAGUGUGAGAGGAAAUCUAACACACAACCACACACUUGUGAUUACAACUUGCCGAUGCAGAGCCUGAACCGUUCUCAUGCUGGGACCUACUACUGUGCUGUUGCCUCAUGUGGACACAUACUGUUUGGAAACGGGACCAAGCUGGACUUUGAGAAUGAGGACUCUCUUGUGUAUUUGCUGAGUGGGGCUCUCGGGUUCAGCACCAUCCUCAUCGUGUUACUGGCUUUCUCAGUGUGUGUGAUCAGCAUGAGAGGAAACUGCCUCUAUACAGAGUCUUCUGUGAGAUUUUCUGAUCCCUCCAAGAACAAUGCAGAGGGUUCCCAAAAUGAAGAUGAUAUCUAUUACAAUGUUUUAAAGGAGAACGAGAUCAUCAGGCGAAGAAGACUGAAGGACACCUGGAGUGAAUGUGUGUACUUCAGUGUAAAGCAGCAGAGCUGAGCACGUUUCUUUCUUUAUCUGUGUUUGUCAUGGUUAUAGAUUCUGCGCCCCUUUUAAAGUAAAAUAUGGCUUUUGUCAAGUUUUGUAAAGCCUUGCUUUCCAAUAAACUCAUCAAACAAAGACAAGCACAGCAUUUCCUGUUUUUUAUGGUGUUGGUGAUGUCAUGGCUGACAUAAGUGAGCCAAACCAAAUGGAGGGUUUCUUUUGUUUGAUUUAUGCGUUCAAGAGUAAUCUGGAUUAUUUACCUUGUAUAGAGGCUCUUAGAAAUGUAAAUGUAUUCAUAAAGGAGUUCAAGAAUAUUAGUUGAUUUCUUUGUAUUAAUAUUGCUGUUGGUCAACCUGCCUUGUUGUGGUUCCUGCAGAAGUCUAGGUGAGAACUGAACACUCUCUAUAAGCAGUUGGAUUUUUAUCUUGUGUUGUAUGUAAUGGGGAGCACUGUAAAUAAAAUAUUC